CAUAACUGCGGUACGUGCGCAUUUACUGCGGUCCUUUUUUAUGGCUGCUCGGGACAACAACGUUCACGUGUGUACGAGUGAACUUAAGAAAAAUGCCGAAUAUAAACAAGAAACAGAGUAAACGUGUGUCAUGUCGACAGCGCUACAAGGUGCAGAAGAAGGUACGACAGCACCUGAAAAAGAAGCGAAGGGAGGCUAAGAAAGAGGCGAAGAAGAAUCCGAAUAAAUUUAAACCAAAAGACCCCGGAGUGCCGAACAGUCUUCCGUUCAAAGCCGAGGUUCUCAAAGAAGCUCAAGCAUGCAAGAAAAGACAGGAGGAAAUGAGGGCGGAAAUGAAAAAACGUCAGAAAGAAGAGAGGCUAGGAAAGUUCAUGCAGAAUCGUGAUCUGCAAACGGUCAGAGAAGAUGCAGAACAGCGCAGUGAAGAGUUUGAAGGCGUGAAGCUUCUGAAAGAGCAUCUCAAACAGACGGGGCAGUUGGACAAGUUCAAAGGAGAGCUUCAGUGCCGAAGUUUCUAUCAAGAAUUCCGAAAGGUCGUCGAAGGAGCAGACGUCAUCCUCCAAGUACUGGACGCACGCGACCCUCUCGGUACUAGAAGCCCGCAGCUGGAACAGCUCGUGCUCAGCAAAGGGAAGCGCCUCGUCCUGGUGCUGAACAAGGUCGACCUGAUACCCAGAGAAAAUCUACAGAAAUGGCUCAAGUACCUCCGCAACGAGUUCCCCGCCAUAGGCUUCAAGGCGUCCACUCAGCUGCAGAAGAACAACCUCUCGCGCAGCUGGGUGGCAGACGUGACGAAGGCGUCCGAAGUCAUGCAGCAGUCAAGCCGCUGCCUGGGUGCCAACACGCUCAUGAAGAUCUUGGGCAACUACUGCCGGAACCGCGACAUAAAGACCUGCAUAACGGUCGGAGUGGUUGGAUUCCCCAACGUCGGGAAGAGCAGCAUAGUGAACAGCCUGAAGAGGAUGAGGUCGUGCACCGUGGGCGCCAGGCCCGGCGUCACACAGGUCAUGCAGAAGGUGGAGAUCGACAAGAGGGUCAUGCUGCUGGACAGUCCCGGGGUGGUGCUCGCAAGAGAGAGCUCGGAGGCAACCGUGGCUCUGAGGAACGUGAAGAAGGUGGAGUCCAUCGAGGAUCCGAUCGCCCCGGCCACUUCCAUCCUGCGCCGCUCGAGCAAGGAUCAGUUUAGGAUACAUUACAAGUUGCCGGAUUUCUCGACCGUGGAAGAGUGCCUGAGUCUGAUGGCAAAGCGGAUGGGGCUGCUGAAGAAGGGUGGGGUGCCAAAUACGUUCCAGGCAGCGAGGAGGAUCCUGUCCGAUUGGAAUACCGGCAGGAUCAAGUACUACACUCAUCCACCGGAAACCCACGAGUUGCCAACCCAUCUGGGUGCCGAGAUCGUGAGCACCAUGAGCGCAGAGUUUGACAUCGACAGCUUGGAGACAGCGGAGCAGGAAGAAUUCAAAAGUGUUCGUGUGGUACGGCCGUGCGAUGCCGUUGCCAUGGAUACCAUGGGUAUCGUGGAAGAGAUCAGCGAAAAAGGUGAUACCGAAGGAGAUAUGGAGAUGGAUGCCGAUAAUGAGAAGAUGACUGUGGACUUGAGCGAAUCAAGAAAAGACAAAAAGCGUAAGGCCAGAUCCGCAACGAACCCACCCGUUGAACGGGACCCCAUGGCCCCGCUGCAGGCGAAUCGUGAACGGAGACUCGCGUUCAAGAAGAUGUUGAGGAAACGAAAGAAAAAUGAGAAACUUGCAACAUCACUGUCGACCACCCUGGAGACGGCUCUUGCUGCAUUUGGAGGCGCAGGCGACCAGGGCAUAGCUAAGAUGGAGGCAUAGGCACAGAAACUUUGAAGGUGAUAAUAAAUACUGAAAGCUUA